GAUUAGUAGGCUAUUUAUUAUUGUGUUUGUUGUGGCUGUGAUAGACAUUCAUGAUCCUGUCACAUUGUAACUUCGUGUCUUACGUGCUUUUUCUCUCUUAAACUGAAUCUGCCAGAAUGGUAGAGGACGAACAGCUUCGCUCGUUGAUGUUUAUCACGACUUAUUUGCUGUUGAAGCGCAGGAGAGAUUUAAUUAGCGCCAACAUCCAGAGACGUGAUGAAAUCCAGAGACGCAUCCGCCACCGACAGUACUUCUUCCAAAGACAGAGGAGGAUGCUCAUGAUGAUGAUAGCAGGAGGCCUCCGCUCCAGUGUCCACAUCCGCACACGUCCCUGGACCACCACUCCCAGCUCUGAUUGGUGGGAGCGGGUGGUAAUGACAGAAUUCCAGCCCUGUGAUUGGCUGGAUAAAUUCCGAAUGAGCCGAGAGACGUUCUUGUACCUCUGUGACAAGCUGAGGCCCCGUCUGGCUCGUCAGGACACCAGCUUUCGCCAGGCGCUGCCAGUGGAGAAACGUGUUGCCGUGGCCUUGUGGCGCCUUGCGUCAAACAUUGAGUACCGCACCAUUAGCGCCCUGUUUGGUGUGGGGAAGUCCACCGUGUGUAGGUGUGUUAGAGACAUGUGCCAUGCCAUCGUGGCCCUCCUCAGCUCCAUUUACCUGCGGCCUCCCAGCGAACAGGAGCUGAAGGACUCGGCUCAGCUCUUUGGGUCUUUUUGGGGUUUCCCUCACUGUGUUGCUGCCAUAGCAACACUUCACACAGCCAUCAUCACUCCAUCCAGCAACGCCUCUGACUACUACAACCCUGCUGGCUGGCUCUCCGUCUUCUCUCAGGUGGUCGUCAGCGGCCGAGGUCUCUUCUGGGACGUCUGCGCCAGUUUCCCAGGUGGGACCGAUCCAGCAGACAUCUUAGAGAACUCAUCGCUGUGGGUCACUGCUGCAGAAGGUGGACUGUCUCCAGCUUCAACUUCUACUUUCAUGGGGAAACCCCUCAGGUAUGUGCUGCUGGGGGAGGCCUGCUACCCGCUCCAGAGUUGGCUGAUGAAGGCUUAUCCUGAGGAAAAGAGCCGGGGGGUGAGUCACGGAGCGCUGACGGAGCCGCAGCAGCUGUUCAAUCGUCGGCUCAGUAGAGCGCUGCGUGUGUCUGAGGAGGCGCUGCUGAGGUUGAGGGCGCGCUGGCAGUGCCUGAGCAAAAGGAACGACUGCGGUUUGGAUGUGGUGCCCACCAUGAUUCUGGCCUGCUGCAUUCUGCAUAACUUGUGCGAGUCCCACGGGGACGCCUUUAAAGCUGAGUGGCAGGGAGAGGUGUCGGAGGCAGAGAGUCCUCGCCCCGAUCACAAACCGUUCCUCUCCACCUGCAUGGACCAGAGAAACGCCGAGCAGGUCAGGAGCCUCUUCUGUGACUAUUUCCAGCUUCAAAGCAACUGACUUGAAUCUUUGGAAGCCCUUUAAUCAGCUGGUUUUACACAUCCUGGUGCAAAUUUGAAACACCAGGAUGUCUGAAAAAUGCACAAACAGCAUCUUUACUAAAAAAGGAGCAAUGUUGAAAAAUUUGCAGAACUUAAUAGAUUCUAGUAGUUUUCUACAGGUGGCAUUUCUGUGGCUUUUGAUCUAAAAUGUCAAAACUUGUUUCAAAUGAUUGUUUAUUUUAAAGCCUUUAUCCUGAUCCAGAGUGAUCUCCGUGAGUUGAGUUGGUUUGCAUAUAUUAAGGAAAACUUGAAAUAAUUUAAAGCUUUUGGAACUAAAUGCUUUUCAUUCGAUGUUAGAAAGCUCCCCAGAGACGAAGCUAACCCAAACAGGUGUGACAGAACCCUAGCAUGCACCGUUUAACAAACAUGAUCAGUUACUCACAGUGAAAUGCUUUUUAUCCUCAUUAGAGCCUCCCUGUGACAAUUCACACCUUUAUUGUCUUUUAUUACUUUGUGACAUAUCUACAGGGAGUGCAGAAUUAUUAGGCAAGUUGUAUUUUUGAGGAAUAAUUUUAUUAUUGAACAACAACCAUGUUCUCAAUGAACCCAAACAACUCAUCAAAGCUGAAUGUUUUUGGAAGUAGUUUUUAGUUUGUUUUUAGUUUUAGCUAUUUUAGGGGGAUAUCUGUGUGCAGAUGACUAUUACUGUGCAUAAUUAUUAGGCAGCUUAACAAAAAACAAAUAUAUACCCAUUUCAAUUAUUUAUUUUUACCAGUGAAACCAAUAUAACAUCUCCACAUUCACAAAUAUACAUUUCUGACAUUCAAAAACAAAUCAGCGACCAAUUUAGCCACCUUUCUUUGCAAGGACACUCAAAAGCCUGCCAUCCAUGGAUUCUGUCAGUGUUUUGAUCUGUUCACCAUCAACAUUGCGUGCAGCAGCAACCACAGCCUCCCAGACACUGUUCAGAGAGGUGUACUGUUUUCCCUCCUUGUAAAUCUCACAUUUGAUGAUGGACCACAGGUUCUCAGUGGGGUUCAGAUCAGGUGAACAAGGAGGCCAUGCCAUUAGUUUUUCUUCUUUUAUACCCUUUCUUGCCAGCCACGCUGUGGAGUACUUGGACGUGUGUGAUGGAGCAUUGUCCUGCAUGAAAAUCAUGUUUUUCUUGAAGGAUGCAGACUUCUUCCUGUACCACUGCUUGAAGAAGGUGUCUUCCAGAAAAUGUCAGUAGGACUGGGAGUUGAGCUUGACUCCAUCCUCAACCUGAAAAGGCCCCACAAGCUCAUCUUUGAUGAUACCAGCCCAAACCAGUACUCCACCUCCACCUUGCUGGCGUCUGAGUCAGACUGGAGCUCUCUGCCCUUUACCAAUCCAGCCAUGGGCCCAUCCAUCUGGCCCAUCAAGACUCACUCUCAUUUCAUCAGUCCAUAAAACCUUAGAAAAAUCAGUCUUGAGAUAUUUCUUGGCCCAGUCUUGACGUUUCAGCUUGUGUGUCUUGUUCAGUGGUGGUCGUCUUUCAGCCUUUCUUACUUUGGCCAUGUCUCUGAGUAUUGCACACCUUGUGCUUUUGGGCACUCCAGUGAUGUUGCAGCUCUGAAUUAUGGCCAAACUGGUGGCAAGUGGCAUCUUGGCAGCUGCACGCUUGACUUUUCUCUGUUCAUGGGCAGUUAUUUUGCGCCUUGGUUUGUCCACACGCUUCUUGCGACCCUGUUGACUAUUUUGAAUGAAACGCUUGAUUAUUCGAUGAUCACGCUGCAGAAGCUUUGCAAUUUUAAGACUGCUGCAUCCCUCUGCAAGAUAUCUCACUAUUUUUGACUUUUCUGAGCCUGUCAAGUCCUUCUUUUGACCCAUUUUGCCAAAGGAAAGGAAGUUGCCUAAUAAUUAUGCACACCUGAUAUAGGGUGUUGAUGUCAUUAGACCACACCCCUUGUCAUUACAGAGAUGCACAUCACCUAAUAUGCUUAAUUGGUAGUAGGCUUUCGAGCCUAUACAGCUUGGAGUAAGACAACAUGCAUGAAGAGGAUGAUGUGGACAAAAUACUCAUUUGUCUAAUAAUUCUGUACUCCCUGUAUUUGAUCUAUACCUCUAUGCAAUUAUUUAUUUUUCAGAAAACAAAAGUAGCUUUUAUUUUGAUUUUAUUUAAAUGUCAUUCAUUUGGUUGUAUUGUUUCUCAUUUUAUAACUAGUUUACAUCACCUAAUUUUUUACUGUUUUAUUUCUUCUGCUUUUCCCCAAAAUUACAUUAUUGUGUCAUCAAUGCCCUUUGUUUUGUAAUUAGUUACUACAUUUAUUAUUUUUUGAAUGAUUGCAUCUAUAAGUAAUUUUCAUUUUUACUGAUAUUUAUUUGUACUUUAUUUGUUAUAGUGUUAUAACAACUUUUUAAAUAAAGUUUGAUUGAUUUCCCAAAUAGGGAGCCUGACUCACUCACACCUGGGAUAAUGCAGACACUAAUAAAGAACCUAAGCUGCCAUAGUUAUGGUGUGUAGGGGGAACUGGAGCACCCAGAGAAAACCUACGCAUGCGUGAUGAGAACACGCUCACUCUACACAAAGCAAGCCACAGCUGGGAUUUAAACCUGCAACUGUCUUGAUUUGAGGUACGUGUGCUCCAUGCAGCCCCAUUUUUGGUGGUAAUUUGGUUAAAAUUAUGAAACAAUCAUUAAUUUACCAAACUAAACAUAAAUUGGCAUGGUCUACAAAAUUUUAUUAAUCUAAGGGGAUUUUUAAAUAGCUUAAGAACAUUUUUACAUUUACUAGCUUUGAAAUUCCAUUAUUUAGCGUCCUGUGUUGCAACUGGGCUAGAAGACUUGUAGUAUACUUGUGAAGCAACGUUUAAUGCAGCGGAAGUUUCUGGUGAAGAGGUUCUUUACCCGCGUGACACGAGUCCCAUUUUUGGUUCUUUUUAAAACACAGGAAAGGUUUUUUCUUUACCUUGCUGACGUACGUUUCCUUUGCUGACUGCAAAACAUCCUCAGAGCUGACGCUGAUGGUGGCGUCACUUCGCACUCCGUUUAUCCGCGGCAGCAGAGGACGUUGUCGCCCUCUGCUGCCCGAUCUCCCCUCUCCAGUGAUGCAGUCCCAUGAGCGAGCCAAUGAGUAAACUCCAUCGUCAUUUUUAUAGUUUUAACUUAUCACGCCCAUACAUGCCUUUUUUUAAUUUAAUUUAGAGAAACUUUUGGUUCAUGUUCAUGCAUCCCUGAAUGUUAAGAGGAAGGGGGUUGAGAGGAGGUGGAGGGGUACAGAAGAGGGCCAUUGAAGAAAAAUAAAAAGUAUUCUGACUUUUUUCUCAGAAUUUUGACUUUAACGGAGGAAAAAAGUCAUAAUUCUGACUUUUUGUUAUUUUUACUUUCAUCUCAGAAUAAAAAAAACUGAAUUCUGAGAUUAAGUCAGAAUACCUUUUAUUUUUCUUCAGUGUCCCUAAUCCUCCUCCAUAGAGGGGAGAGUAUGGGCUCUUUGUGUUCAAAAAUAAAAUUAUUUUUAGUUUUUUUAUAGUUUACUUUAUCACGCCCAUACAUGCUUUUUUUAAAUUUAGAGUUCAUUAAAUGUUCAUCUAUUCAUGAAUGUUAAGAGGAAGGGGGAUUGAGAGGAGGUGGAGGGGCACGGAAGAGGAUUAUGGCCAUUGAAUAAAAUAAAAAGUAUUCCGACUUUUAUUUCAGAAUUCUGACUUUUAUCUCAGAAUUUUGUCUUUAAUCUCAGAAUUCUGACUUUUUUAAACUUUCAUCUCAGAAUAAAAAAGUCUGAAUUCUGAGAUUAAAGUCAGAAUACUUUUUAUUUGUCUUCAGUGUGCCUAAUCCUCUACCAUAGAGGGGAGAGUAUGGGCUCUUUGUGUAAAAAAAAUAAAUAAAAUUGGGAGUUUUUUUUACCCUUCAAUUCUUUAUUCUAUUGUCAUUCCAUGGACAAAUGUGUUAUUUGAGAAUUAAAUGUUUAAUAAAAUAUGUUGUAUGUA